UCCCCGAAAUUCGCCGUGACGGAACACGAAACCCCCAAAUCCCCACGCCGAGAAACAGAAACCCGCGCCCCCAAUCCAUGGCUCCCCCGGCCGCCGCCGCCGACAAGCGCGAGGGCAAGCGCCCCAUGCCCCCGGAAGGGGACCCCGCCGCCGCCGCCGCCGCCGGGGAGACGACGGAGCAGGAGGCGCAGGCGGCGGGAGGCGCCGAGGCCGGCGACGACCUCGUCCUGGUGGCGGACUGCGGCGCGGAGGUGCGCCUCACGCGCUCCGCGGCGCGGAUGUCGACGACGAUCCUCCACAUGAUGGACGACUGCGCGGAGGGCCGCGUCCCCGUCGCGGGCGUCCACGCCGGCGUCCUCCGCCUGGUGGCGGCGUACUGCGAGCGGCACGCGCCGCACUACGACCCGGAGGCCUCCGCGGCGAGGCUCCGCGACCCGUUCCCGCCGUUCUCCAUCGACUUCAGGCCCACCGCCCACGCCAUCAGGCCCGUCACCGACCCCGGACCCGACCCGCACGGCCUCGAGGCGUGGGACGAGAAGUUCAUCGCCGACCUCCCCGACAACUCCGCCCUCUUCGCCGUCAUCCUCGCUGCCAACUACCUGGGCAUCGAGGACCUGCUCGACCUGGGCUGCACGGCCGUGGCCGACAAGAUGAGGGGCAAGGCGCCCGAGGAGGUCCGCGUCGCGUUGGACAUCGAGAAUGACUACACGCCCGAGCAGGAGGCCGAGGUCAGGAGGGAGAACGCCUGGGCAUUCGAGGAUUGAACUGCAUGUCCUGUUGCUUGCCUUGGUUCCAAUGUUCUGGGGGUGGUUACCAGAAGCAAGUUUUGGUGUGAAUUGUGCUUCGUGGAUGGUUCUUUUGACUGGUUCAUAUCAGCAGAAACUGGCAUGCUUCUUGCACGUUGUCCUCACUUUAAGGUGUUACUAGUAAUUGUAAAUCCUGCUUAGUUAAAUCCUUUAUUUCGUGGUAGCUUGCUGGCUGCUUCUUGCACAUUGUGGUCAGUUGAAUGUUUGGUACGCUGUAGGCCUAGCCUCAUGUUCAGCUGACAGUUUAGGGGAUCUGUUUACAUGAAAAAUGUGUAUAGCAUCAUGUGA